UUUCCUCUUUUCUUUCCUUCCUGCAUUUCCAGCAGGUUCCCUUGCGUCAGAAGCCGAGGAAGAAAGCUCCAGGUUUUUUCACCAUGAGUCGGAGGAGGAUAUCGUGUAAAGAUCUGGGCCACGCUGACUGCCAGGGUUGGCUGUAUAAGAAAAAGGAAAAGGGAACUUUCCUAAGCAACAAAUGGAAAAAGUUCUGGGUGGUGCUGAAGGGGUCUUCUCUCUACUGGUAUAGCAAUCAAAUGGCCGAGAAAGCGGAUGGAUUUGUCAACUUGCCAGAUUUCACCGUGGAAAGAGCCUCCGAAUGCAAGAAAAAACAUGCAUUUAAGAUCAAUCAUCCACAGAUCAAAACCUUCUACUUUGCAGCAGAGAACUUGCAGGAAAUGAGCGUGUGGUUAAACAAACUUGGAUUUGCUGUAAUCCAUCAAGAAUCCACUACAAAGAAUGAAGAAUGUUACAGUGAGAGUGAGCAGGAAGAUCCCGAAAUAGCUGUGGAGCCCGCUCCGUGUGCUUCUGCAACCUCCUCUCCUGUGGUACGUUUAGAUGCUGCACGGCGGGCAUCUUCUUCUUCACCUAAACGGAGGGAAACAUCGUCUUCUUUCUCCUCUCUGGAAAACACAGUAAAGGCGCCCAGCCGGUUUCCUUCCUCGGGAUCUAAAGAAAGACAGUCCUGGCUGGACAUGGUUAACAGCUCGCCUGCUGCGGUAAAUGUGGGGCACCCCCUGACCUUCGCUGUGCAGGUCCACACGCCUGCGUCCUCAGAAGGAAGCAACUGCCGGGCCCCAGAAAACAGCUCCGUCAUGGCAGAAAGCGGUUUUUUGAACUCUUUAUCUAGAGAUGACACUUCUUCAUUGAGUAAUAACCAAGACCAUCUGACAGUCCCCGAUAGAGCUGCUGGAUCAAGGACAAUGGACAGGGAAGAAAUAAAAGCGUCUGAAGAUGAUGAGAUGGAGAAACUGUACAAAUCAUUGGAACAAGCUAGUCUGUCUCCUCUCGGGGACCGGCGACCUUCAACCAAGAAGGAGCUGAGGAAGUCAUUUGUGAAGCGAUGCAAAAACCCAUCCAUAAAUGAGAAGCUUCAUAAGAUCAGGACCUUGAAUAGCACAUUAAAGUGCAAAGAACACGACCUGGCCAUGAUCAACCAGCUGCUGGAUGACCCAAAGCUGACAGCCAGGAAGUACAGAGAGUGGAAGGUCAUGAACACCUUGCUGAUCCAGGACAUCUACCAGCAGCAGGCACCUCAGGACCUUGAAGACACCCCUCAGGAAAUCAAGGACCCCACCUCUUCUGACUGUGUGGAAAAUUCUCUUUGAGCAGAUACCAGGAACUCCUCUCCCUCCAUGAUACUGUGCAACCUACAAGAUGCUGCAAGGGCAUCCAUUCUUCUUACAAGGAAACCCCUAACCAAGUUCCUGACACAUCAUCCCUCCCUCCCAAGGAUGCAACUGAGGUGAAGCCAGUUCUGCUGUAGUGGGAGUCCUGGCUCCCAGCUGUUGCAUUCACCAGCAUGGAAGGAUGGCGUUCAUCCGAGCAGGUGUAUCUUCUGUGUUCUACCGGCAGCUGGCAGAGAUGCUAGGCUCCAGGUGGGAUGUGAAGGGGCAGUCCCCUCCUUUGCUUUCAAGAGAAUUACAACCUGAUGUAAACAGAAGGCCCAGCUUUACUAGGGAUGACAAUUCAUUGACCUGUUCUGUUUGCAAGAGAAGCCCCUUGGUAAGCAGCAGAGUUCUGCAGAGACAUUUCAAGUGGAGACAGUUUUCUCCCAGUCGCUACUGGACCAGACACAUGUCGGUAUUUGUGGCACACAGGCUCUUCCUAACCUUGGUGCAGAGAGUCGAGCCUUUUCUACCUGUUGAGAGCUUAUUUGGAGAGUAUGGCCUGGUGGGGUGCUUUCUGUUCCCCACAAAGGACAGCUUCAUAUGUUCAUGCUUUGCCUAGCGUGGGGGAUGGGAUUAAUGUGUCUCUUCCUCAAUGUCUAGGAGACAGACUAUCACAUGACAAUGGCAGAUCUUUGUCCUACACCCCAUGCUCUUCUCAACAGUGGUGGGAGAGUGAUACCCACUGCAAGCAAUGCUACGUGAUGCUCAUCCCUGGCUGUAGUACCCGAACCCAGUAUGAACCGAUGUCCGGUUUUUCUGGGAUGAUCCAAAUUCACGAAGUCCUUUCUGAAUUGUUCUCAACUUAGAAAAGAACCCAGACCAACAAAACAACAACAAAAACCAG